AUGAAAAAGAAGGUUAUAAUUUUGCUCUUGUUAAGUAUCUGUCUUCCCUGGUCAGGGAAAAGCAGGAAAGAAUCUGUAAAACUUCUUAACUUCAUCGGAAGAAAAAGCAAUCAGAGUGUAGGAAAAAGAAAUGAUAGCAAACUUUUUAUGAAUGAGAAUAGAACAAUACUAGUAGGUAAGGAUGUAGAAACAGUUACAUUAAGUGAACAAAAUUAUAAAAAGGAACUAAAAAAUGUAAAAGUAAAAAGAAAUAUAAGUGAAGCAUUACAUAUGGCAACUUAUGAAGAAAUGAAAAGAGAUAAAAGUGUAUAUGUACUUGGAGAAGAUGUAGGGUUAUAUGGUGGAUCAUAUAAGGUAACAAAAAAUUUGGCACAUUUUUUUGGAUUUGCUAGAGUAUUAGAUACACCAAUAUGUGAAAAUUCUUUUAUGGGAUUAGGUAUAGGUUCAUCAAUAAAUGGGUUAAGACCAAUUAUUGAAGGAAUGAAUUUAUCUUUUCUAAUUUUAGCGUUUAAUCAGAUUUCCAAUAAUGCAUGUAUGUUAAGAUAUAUGUGCGAUGGACAAUUCAAUAUACCUAUUGUAAUUAGAGGACCAGGAGGAGUAGGAAAACAACUGGGCCCAGAACAUUCGCAAAGAAUAGAAUCAUAUUUAAUGAGUAUCCCAGGAAUUAAAAUCGUUUCUUGUUCCACUCCAUUUAAUGCUAGGGGGUUACUAAAAUCAGCAAUCCGAGAUAAUAAUCCAAUUUUAUUUUUAGAACAUGUUUUAUUGUAUAAUGUAGAAGAAGAAAUACCACUUUUACCAUAUACAUUACCGAUUGAUAAAGCAGAAGUAGUAAGAAAAGGGAAUGAUUUAACAAUUUUAUGCUAUGGUAUUACUAGGCAUAUAGCUAUAGAAGCUGCUGAAGAGCUUGAGAGUAUAAAUAUCCAUGUUGAAAUAAUUGAUCUCAUAUCAUUGAAGCCAUUUGAUUUAGAAACUAUUGGAAAUUCUUUAAAGAAAACAAAAAAAUGCUUAAUUCUUGAUGAAUCAGCUGGGUUUGGAGGAAUUGCUGCUGAGUUAUACACGCAGGUUAUUGAAAACUUUUCUCCUUACUUGAAGAGGCAGCCUGUUCGUUUAUGUACCAAAGAUGUACCCAUAGCAUAUUCCAGUAAAUUUGAAGAGGCGUGUAUUGUUAAGAAGGAGGAUGUUGUUUAUAUGUCUACUUAUUUACACACCUAG